UUUUUUGGAAAGGGGUUGGAGAGAUACAAAAAUGCCCAGGUUGAAAAAAUGAGAACCAAUUAAGUAAUUGCAGGACUUUUAUAUAUAUUUAUAACCUCGUGCACAGCCUUAUCCAAAACGAAGAAAGACAGGUCAUGCAGGAUCCCGAUACAGAACCUCCUCCGGGCAACGAGUACGACGCUGUCGUCGCGAACUUGGUGACUGCCGCGCUGCGGGAUGCAGACCAGUUACUUGCUCUUCUUGACCAGAAAGUCCCACCGCGAGAAACGCGCGCUGAGCACCCCCCAUCUUGGGGAAAGAUACAGCGCGGCUGCGACAAAGUUUACCAGAAAACCA